AUGUCGCAACCUUUCCUGCGAUUUGCAAGUCCCAAUGAGCGCCGUACUAUCAGUCGCGAAAACCUCGGCUUCUACCACGCACUCGUCAUAGCAGCAGUGUACGAGCAUGAGAAUGAAGUUAUAGACCUCAAUUCAGCUCAGACAUUCUUCCCGCCCCUGAAACGCUGCAUCCAAGAGCACGCUUACCUGAGUGUGGUCGUCAAAAAUAGCCACACCGAAACGCCAGCUUAUGAAGGAGUCUCGACUAUCAACCUCGACUCACAUGUGUCUAUCGUCCACAAUAAUGCUCAUAGUGACCCAAACAGCGAUGAAGAAACAAAUAUCAUCCAGAACGUCCUCGUGCCAAUCCUCGACCGGCCAUGGCCAGUUGAAGUACCACCCUGGCGUAUCGUCGUCCUCCCACUAUCAUCGGCGCGUGAUUCGACCACGAAACGUUGCUUUAUAGCGUUCUCGUUCUCUCAUACGCUCGGAGACGGCAUGGUCGGAGUCGCGUUCCACCGCACCUUCCUAGAGGCAUGGCGACAGACUAACAAUUCGAAUGACAACUCCUCCCUGGUAUCCAUGAAUCCAUCAGACCAAACCCUCUCAGCACCAUUUGACACCCCGGAAAGUCUUCCUAUAUCAUUGAAGUUCCUCCUGGGACCACUUGUAGCGGUCUACCUACCAAAAUUCAUAGCCGGGUCCCUCGGACUUCGCGCAGCGGCUAGCACAGUUGAUUCUGGUACUUGGACUGGCUCGCGCAUCUUCGAGCCGGUUCCCGGACUAAACAGUAGAGUGAGGAUCCUCAAGAUUGAAGCUCCGCUCGUGCAGAAGGCUCUUCAAGUUUCCAGAGAGCAUGAUGCUAAGCUUACCGCCACGAUACACCAGUUUACUAUUCGGGCGUUGAGCAAGACUCUUCCUAACAGUGACGUGACGAAUUUCGUUUCGGGAACACCCGUUGAUAUGAGAGCGUCUAUUGGUAUACCAGCUUUGACUUGGGGCCUCUACGUGUCUGGCUACUAUGAGGUGCAUUCUCGUUUACCUGGCGCCCAGGCUAAGGAAUCUGUGUUGUCGGAUGAGAUGUGGACGGCUGCAAGUUCGAUGACGAAAAGGCUCGCUGAAUGUGGUACAAGGCUGCAGGAUCAGGCAAUUGGGUUACUGAGAUAUGUUCCCAGUAUUCGGAGCUGGAUGUUGGGUAAAAUUGGACACCAGCGGGAUUCUUCGUAUGAACUGAGCAAUCUGCUUGCGUUUGAUGGCGGUGAUGCCACAAGAACAGAGGCCCUCUACCUAAAUGAUGCCUCACUCCGAACAUGGACAACAGAGAUCCUCUCGUCGCAAUCAAUAACUACACUCCCAGAAGAAGAGAGAUGUCUAGCAAAGAACAUUCCAGUAGAAGGAAGCGCCAUAACAACCCGCCAGACAAUAUUCUACGCGCAAGGCGGCGGCCAGCCCAGCGACACCGGCGCAAUCGGGCCACGAGACCACGAACCAACCUUCUCAGUAACGUUAGUGCGCAAAACGCCUGAUGGGAAAUAUCUCCAUUUUGGAAAAUAUGCAGACGCAUCUUCUACUUUCACCGAAGGCCAACUUGUUGUCCAGAAAGUUGAUGACUCGAAGCGCAAUUAUCAUUCGCGUCUUCAUACUGCUGGUCACAUUGUUGGAUUGGCGAUGCAGCUUCUCAUGCCGGAAAUGAAGAAGGUUAAGGCGAAUCAUUUCCCUAGGGAGGCGUCUAUGGAGUAUGAGGGGUUAUUGUAUAAUGAGAAUAAGCCUGUCAUUCAGGAAAAGGUUGAUGAGUUAGUGAAGCGGGAUUUGGAAAUUCUCAUUUCUUGGGAAGAGGGCUGUAAGGAGUCUGGAGAUGGUGAUGAUGAGGAGGGUCGGUCUUCUGAUGGUCGGAUGAGGAUUGCGAGCAUUGGUGGGCUUGAUCAUAAUCCUUGUGGUGGGACACAUGUUGGGACGACGGGGUUGGUUGGGGCUAUUGUUAUUCGAAAGAUAAGUCGGCAGAAGGGGAUUAGUCGGGUUUCUUAUGAUGUUUCACCCGGGAUUGAGGGAUAG